GAAGAAAGAAAAUGAUCACGAGAAAUUUUCUGCAAACCCCCUUUCUGUUUCAACUUCUCUAAGAAUUUGAAUGCCAUGAGUUCUAUUUCUGAAAUUGGUGCAUUGAUUAUCGAGGCUGGAGCUAGUGGAAGCCUUAACCGACUAAAGGAAAGAAGGUGAAUGAUGAGAGAGAGUUCCUGAAAAUAUGCGAUGAAUGCAGCGACUUCAACACUGGCUGGACUGUCUUGCAUCACGCAGCUGCAAUAGGACAUUUUGAGAUUUGCAAAUUCUUGAUACAUAACGUCAAAGUUUAUGUUAAUCCCAUGGAUUACAAGAGUUCUCUCCCUCUCUCUCUCUCUGAUAUUUAUGUUGAUAUUGAAAAAGUUUAUGUUAAUUCUUGAAUUGUUUGUUUAUUGACAUGCUAACAUCAUAUACUGCUUCAGUGACUACUCCUGUGGCAGAAGCUGUGAAAGGGGAACAUGUCAAACUUGUGGAGUUUCUCAUCAAACAUGGUGCGGUAAUUGGUGUUGCAGAUGUUGAGGGGCUCACUCCCUUGCACUUGGCUGUUCUAAAAGGUAAUAGGGAGCUUAUCGAGUUGUUGCUGGUGAAACGUGCUCAUAUCGAAGCAGAGUCUUUAGAUGGAACGCCUUUACAAGUUGCUGUUUCUCGUGGAAAUGCUGAGGCUGUCAAGUGUCUCUUGUCUCAUGGCGCAAACCCAAAUCGUUUUUAUGAAGUUGUGGACUGCCCUCUUGUAUGUGCAGUCAAGUCUCGCUCGUUUGAAUGCAUGAAUUUGCUGCUUGAGGCUAAAGCGGACCCGAAUUUGUAUCUAGGUGGGUUAAGUCCUUUGGGAUGUGCUGCAAAAGAAAGCGACACAAAAUUUCUCGAGUCUUUGCUUAAAGCUGGAGGAGAUCCAAAUUUAUCUGACAUGGUUAUCUAUAAACCUAUCGAGGAAGCUGCAUUGGUGCAGAAUCGUGCAGGUGUGGAGAUUUUGUUUCCAGUGACUAAACGGAUUACACAUUUUCCAAAUUGGACUGUCGAUGGCAUAAUCGAGUACGGUCAUUCUGAAGAAUUUACAACAAUGAAUACGGCGAGAUUGCAAACGAAAUUGAAUGCAAUAAACUUCAGAGCCACAAAGUACACGGGGGAUAAGAAUUACGGCCAUGCUAUCCUAGAAUAUAGAAUGGCUACUAGUCUUUAUCAGUAUAACCUCUCAUGGGUAUCAAAGCGAAGCCUGUGUCAAACGCGCAUGGGUAUACGCAGUCAUGCUCUGUUUGGUGCUCUGAAAUGCAUGAGACUCCUGCCAAACCUCCCCGUCCCUCGCCACGGAGAAAUUCCUGCUGGAGCUAAUAUGAUAUUCAAGAAAUUCCUCAAGGCCUGCCUCGCCUUCACGAUGGAUCCUUACAACGAAAUCGCGGGUCGUGCAUUUAGUGUUUUUGUUUUUGGUGACAGAGUUAGUAUGUAUGAUUACUUUGCUUGGUUGAGUCAGAUUAAUACCCUGGAAGAGAUUUUGAGUUUUAAAGAUGAUUAACAUUAUAGAAUUUCCCCAUUUGAUGUAGUAGAUAAUAUUGGAUCAUAUAUACUAUUGUCACACUUGUAUACAUUGCUACAUCUUUUUUUCUUUGCAGAUAUUGUUUCCAACUGAA